UCCUAAAGAGUCCCCUAAGGAAUCUCCUAAGGAAUCCCCUAAAGUUAUUGCUAAAGAACUUCCACAAGUUGUACCUAAAGAAGGUCUGAAAAUUACUCCUAAAGAAGUUGCCAAAGAAGCUUCAAAACCUUCCCCAAAAGAGGCCCCCAAAGAGGUGCAUAAAGUAGCACCUAAGGAAACUGCUAAAAUACCAACUAAAGAAGUUAGUAUGAUUCCAGCUAAAGAGUCCCCAAAAGUAGUCCCGAAAGAGAGCCCUAAAGUGACCCCCAAAGAAACCCCUAAACCAGCCCCAGGAGAAGCCCCUAAAGUAGCACCAAAAGUAGCCUCUAAAGACGUUUCUAAAGAUAUCCCCAAAACAAUUCCUAAAGAAAAAUUCCCUGAACUGGAUGUUAAUCAUAGCUUUCACCAGCCCCAGAGUAAGUCUUCAUCUAUGUACCGUAGUCAGAGUGAGAUUCGAACAGAGAAGGUUGAGGAAGUUCCCAAGUCUUGGAGCAGUAGGCUCAGCAUAGAUCUCAGUGAAAAGUCCUUUGGAUUUGGCUUUGGUUCUACCCUACAGAGAGCUAAGUCAGCUCUUGAGGUUGUAUGGAAAUCUGGGUCUCAGACUACCCCUGCUGCGCCACCCGAGGAAACGUCAAACACCUCGUCUUCAUUUAUGGGGCGAUUCCGCACGCUGUCUGGUUCCACUACCAAUAACUCUAGUACUACAGUUGACUCAGAUAUCCAGAGAGAGCCUGUCUUCUUUAAAGCAGAGGAGGAUAAAACAGAAGCCGAGGAACAACCCGUGGACAGUGAGACCCACUAUGUUGAAGUAAUGGAGCAAGUGCUAGCUAACCUGGAGAACAGAACUAAUACUACUGAGACAGAGGAGCCUGAUGAGCCUGUUCAGGUGUGUGAGACUUCUCAGGACUAUGAUGUGUCUGAAGACAUUGAAGCCACUCCAGACAUUGAUGCCUCUCAGGAUUUGGAAGCUUUGCAAGAGUUGGAAGCCCCAGGUGACAAUGAAGCAAGUAAAGAAACAUGUGUUCUGGAGUAUGAUUGUAGUUUGGAUGAGCAGUAUGAUGAAGAGUACAGUGAGGAUUAUGAAAACCAACUGACUGAGGACACUGCUGAAUAUGAUGCCAUGGUAGAAUAUGUAGAUGUAGAAGAACCAGAUGAGACCGAGGGGAAUGAUCUGACAGAGGAGAUGGAAGAAGGUGAUGAGGAGCUAGAAGAGGUGGCAGAAAUAAUUGAAGAGGUAGCAGAGGUGUCAGAAAAAGUUGAACAAAAGCAAGAGGAUGAAAACAAAAAUCUUCCAGAAGAAAAACCAAUAGAGGCUCCACCUAAGAAGCGUAUUCGGCCCACAUUUAAGGAGGCAGCACUGAGGGCCUACAGGAAACAGAUGGCCGAACUGGAGCAGCAGAUCCUUGCAGGGGACACCAGUGCUUUGGAUACUCAGCCUCGCAGUCUUUUGGAUCCCAAAGUGCUCGGCUUGCAGACCGGGGGGGCUGGCAGUAUUCUUUAUGGUAUUGACAGCAUGCCAGAUUUACGUCGCAAGAGGACAGUGCCUCUUGUCCGAGACCUGACCCUAACUGCUCGAAAGGCAGGCAUCUCGUUCGCUCUGGUGAACAGGUCCACCCUGAAUAACGAGGAACUGAAACUACACGUCUUCAAGAAAACUCUGCAGGCACUGAUCUACCCAAUUUCAUCCACAACACCCCAUAAUUUCGAGGUGUGGACAGCAACUGCACCCACCUACUGCCAUGAGUGUGAGGGUCUGUUGUGGGGCAUCGCCCGGCAGGGGAUGCGCUGCUCUGAGUGUGGGGUUAAAUGCCAUGAGAAGUGCCAGGACCUGCUCAAUGCAGAUUGUUUACAAAGGGCAGUGGAGAAGAGCUCCAAGCAUGGGGCAGAAGAUAAAACCCAGAAUAUCAUCAUGGCUAUGAAGGAACGCAUGAAGAUAAGGGAGAAGAACCGCCCUGAAGUAUUUGAAGUGAUCCAGGAGAUGUUCCACAUUUCCAAAGAGGACUUCAGCAGCCAUCUGAAAACAGCCAAGCAGGCUGUGUUGGAAGGGACCUCUAAGUGGUCAGCCAAAAUCAGCAUAACAGUUAUGAGUGCGCAGGGUUUACAGGCCAAGGAUAAAACGGGCUCCAGCGACCCUUAUGUAACCGUCCAGGUGGGCAAGACCAAACGCAGGACGAAGACCAUCUUUGGAAACCUCAAUCCAGUCUGGGAUGAGAAGUUUAACUUUGAAUGUCAUAACGCUACCGACCGCAUCAAGGUGCGUGUGUGGGAUGAGGACGAUGACAUCAAAUCACGGGUGAAGCAACAUUUCAAGCGCGAGUCAGAUGAUUUCCUGGGCCAGACCAUCAUCGAGGUUCGCACUCUCAGUGGGGAGAUGGACGUAUGGUACAAUCUAGAUAAAAGAACUGACAAAUCUGCAGUAUCUGGUGCCAUCAGACUCAAGAUCAGCGUGGAAAUGAAAGGGGAGGAGAACGUGGUUCCUCCUCAUGGCCAGUACACCUGUUUACACGAGAACCUUUUCCACUAUCUGACCGAGGUGAAGAACAGCGGGGUAGUGAAGAUCCCGCAGGUGAAAGGGGAAGAGGCGUGGAAGGUCUACUUUGACGAUGUGUCGCAGGAGAUAGUGGAUGAGUUUGCCAUGAGAUACGGAGUGGAAUCCAUCUAUCAGGCUAUGACGCAUUUCUCUUGUCUGUCCGCCAAAUACAUGUGUCCUGGGGUGCCAGCAGUGAUGAGCAACCUGCUUGCUAAUAUCAAUUCCUACUUCGCCCAUCCCACUACCACCACCACAACCACUGCCUCUGCUUCAGACCGAUUUGCUGCCUCUAACUUUGGGAGGGAGAAAUUUGUCAAAUUACUGGACCAGCUGCACAACUCGUUAAGGAUCGACCUCUCCAAAUAUCGGGAUAAUUUCCCUGCGGGAAACCCAGAGCGCCUCCAAGAUCUGAAAUCUACUGUUGAUCUGCUGACCAGCAUCACGUUCUUCAGGAUGAAGGUGCAAGAACUCCAGAGUCCACCAAGAGCCAGUAUGGUGGUGAAGGACUGCGUGAAAGCCUGUCUAGACUCCACCUAUAAAUACAUCUUUGAUAACUGUCAUGAGCUAUACAACCAGCUCCUUGAUCAGAGCCGGAAGCAAGACCUUCCCAGGGAGGAACAGGGUCCAUCGAUAAAGAACCUGGACUUCUGGCCAAAACUCAUCACUCUGAUGGUCUCUGUGAUUGAUGAGGACCGGACGGCUUACACCCCUGUCAUUAACCAGUUUCCACAGGAGCUGAAUGCGGGCAAGAUCAGCGCUGAAAUCAUGUGGAGUCUCUUUGCCCUGGAUAUGAAGUAUGCAAUGGAAGAGCAUGAAAAGCACCGCCUAUGCAAAAGCACUGAAUACAUGAAUCUUCACUUCAAAGUCAAAUGGUUCCAUAAUGAGUAUGUCCGUGACCUGCCGGCCUUCAAGGAUGUUCCACCUGAAUAUUCUCUGUGGUUUGAGCCAUUUGUCAUUCAGUGGCUUGAUGAAAAUGAAGAUGUUGCUAUGGAUUUCCUCAAUGGAGCGCUGGAAAGGGACAAGAAAGAUGGAUUCCAGCAAACCUCAGAGCAUGCCCUCUUUUCCUGUUCUGUGGUGGAUGUGUUCACUCAGCUAAACCAGAGUUUUGAGAUUAUCAAGAAGCUGGAAUGCCCAAACCCACAGGCUCUGGCUCACUUCAUGUGCCGCUUUGCGAAGACUAUAAACAAAGUUCUUCUGCAAUAUGCUGCAAUCAUAUCCAAGGACUUUCCUUUGUAUUUGAAUAAGGAGAAUGUGCCAUGCAUCCUUCUCAACAACAUUCAGCAGCUUCGUGUCCAGCUGGAGAAGAUGUUUGAGUCCAUGGGUGGCAAGCAGCUGGAUGCAGAGGCCAGUGAUCUGCUAAAGGAGCUGCAAAAUAAACUCAACACAGUGCUGGAUGAGCUCAGCGGAGUGUUUGGCUCCAGUUUUAAGCCUGUGAUUGAGGACUGUGUGAAGCAGAUGAACCAGGAGCUGGUUCAGAUGAAAGGUCCAGCCAAAGGAAGUAAUGCUGCCAUGGAUGCAGAGACUGUCCUCCGGCCUCUUAUGGACCUUCUGGACAAAAAUUUAAUGUUAUUUGCCAAGAUUUGUGAGAAAACAGUGCUGAAACGAGUCCUCAAAGAGCUUUGGAAGAUUGUGCUGAACACAAUCGAGAGAACAAUUGUUCUGCCUCCGCUGAGUGACCAGAGUCAAGGAGCUCAGAUGAUCUUCAGUGCUGCCAAGGACUUGGGACAGCUGUCCAAACUGAAGGAGCAUGUCAUCCGAGAAGAAGCCAGAAGUCUGACACCACGCCAGUGCGCAGCCAUGGACCUUGUGCUUCCCACCAUCAAGCAAUACUUCCAUGCUGGAGGAAAUGGCCUGAAGAAAACUUUCCUCGAAAAGAGCCCUGAUAUGAAGUCCCUCAAAUAUGCUCUCAGCCUUUACACUCAACCUACAGAUGCCUUGAUCAAGAAAUAUAUAUGCACCCAAACCUCUCAAGGUCAGUCAUCCAACGGAUCAGUGGGGGAGGUGUCGAUGCAAGUGAAUCUCAUCUCUCACCCUGGCACUGGAGAGCACAAAGUCAGCGUGAAGGUGGUCGGCGUGAACAACCUCAUCUGGCAAACCAACGCCAUGUUCCGGCCAUUUGUAGAAGUCAAUGCUGUGGGUCCACAUCUGGCUGACAAGAAGCGCAAAUUCAGCACCAAGACCAAGAAUAACAAUUGGUCACCAAAGUACAAUGAAACAUUCCAGUAUGUUCUGAGUAACGAACACGGUCCAGAGGCCUAUGAGCUCCAUGUCUCAGUGAAGGACUACUGCUUUGCCCGUGAGGACCGCAUCAUCGGCAUGACCGUCAUCCCUCUCAGAGAGCUGGCAGACAAGGGCAGCUGCACCGCCUGCUACCCGCUGGUGAAGAGCAUCUCCAUGGACGAAACGGGCAUCACCAUCAUGAGGAUACUCUCUCAAAGGACCAACGACGAGGUGGCCAAAGAGUUUGUGCGUCUCAAGACAGACACACGCUCGACGGAGGAAGUGUCAUAACGUGGAGCAAAAAAAAAACAAAAACCACAGUAUUAAAUGAGUUGUGUUGUCUUAGGUAAACGAUAGCGAGGGAAAGAUGGAAGACGAGAAAGAGCGGUAGCAACAGUUGUUCUUUCGGGAUAGAGGAUCACUCAGAAGGAGAAUAAGAUUGUCCAAAGAGAAAUGGAGGAGGCCCAAAUGUGGCGAGGCAGCAAAGAGAGAGAGAGAGAGAGAAAGUUGUGUUUGUUUGUUUGUUUUUGUGCAUGUGCGUAAAACAUCUGUUGGAAUGUUCAUUUUAAAACUACAGUAUGUACAAGUGUUUACUUACCGUAUGCUUACUAUUAAGUACUAUAUUCUACGAGUUAUGUUAAUGAGACAUGAUACCUUUUGUACAACAUUAGUCUUUUUGAACAGAGAUUUGUUCCAAUAAAGUGCCAAACCAGUGGAAAAAAAAGAACAAAAUCAACGUAUAUGAAUUAUGGUGAACUUAGUAUGUUUGAAAUUUGCUCGAUUAUUUUGUCCGGUGUAAGUCAUUUUCUGACCAUGUGGCGUUUCGAUUGUUGCAAAUUCGUUCAUUUUGCACCCUCGUUUUUUGGCCUGACGUGCUUCCACACAGCACUGUUGUGCAUGUCCUCUUCUCGGUCAUGUCUCUCCCAUGAUCCCACAGUGACCGCUGAGCAGGGUCCUGUCCCCUUGCCUUCAAACUGUUUGUAUUUUAAGUCGACCUGAAAAUAGACCAUGUUUUUUUAAAUGGCGAUGACUGCUAUCUAAACCUUCAUAGGUGUUUGUAAUUUUAUAACCAUGACAACAAUGACGACAGCCUCCAGUGCUAACAGUCCUAGCAGAAAGGUUCGAAAUGUUUUCUUUUUCUUUGGCUUUUUGUUCUUUGUUUUUCGGCCAUCGGCUUCCAACCUUUCUGAAUGACCACUGUGAACAUGAGCUUUGGAAGGCAAGCUUACAUGACAUUGCUGACAGUUUGAUAUUAUUGUUUCAUAUUUUUCCGAUAACUUUGUUCCUGAUAAACUGCCAAAGUUAUAUAAAGUAUUUGUACAAAAGCAAUCCAUUACAUGUAUGAAGAUAUAUAUGUACAUGUGAUCUUUACUUUUUCAAUGCUUAAUAUUUGAUUGUUGAUAGGGUGGUACUAAGAUUUUAUUUUUUUUAUUUCAUGUGAAGCUGUUAACUGAUACGAAAGUUGCACAUGUUACUUUACACGUUAGUUUUAUCAGCUUCUGUCAUUGGAAUUAUUUUUCUUCAUAAAGGAAAGAGUCUAACAUUUGGUAAAUAUGCAACAUUCCUAUGUAUUGCACUGAUGGCGAAUUGUAUGUCAUGUAAAUAUAUUUAGUGAGAUAUUGUACAAAAGUCUACUUUUCUUC